GAUAAUAAAUUGUAGAUGAUGCAAUGUAUGAGGCGUUGACGUUUCGCGAGAAUUUGAUCAUUAGCAGAUUAGAGCAGAACGGUGCGCCCACUGCCGUAGGAGGUAUUUGCGUUAACGUUGAAAUGGUCAGAGGGGAGCAACCGUUGGAGAGGAGGAUGGAGGACUUCGAAUUGAAACUGAUGCGAAUACUCGACGCGGAUGGUGAGGCCGACCAUAUGGUCGGUGGUAGCAUGUUGGAGAGACCCCGUCUCUCAGAGGAGGACGAAACGGGCGGCGCCAACGGUGGUAUCGCUGAUGGCAUCACGUACAACAAGCUGCUUGUCCACGUUGCAUCUCAAUUCGAUGUGGACGGCGUCAACGCCGGUUCCAACAUUACUUCCUGGGUGGAUCGGAACAUGCACACUGUAGAAGAAUUGAGAAGGGAAUUCGUAAAUGAUGUUAAUUAUAACGAGAAAUCCUUAUAUAUGGGGUUGAAGAAGAAAUGGUAUUAUGUGAAGCAUACGAGUAGCAUGGAAACAUUGGACGAAAGGAAACUGUACAGCCUGCGCAAAGCUAAGAAUUACAUUUCAGAAGGGGCCAACAUAAUCCUGUUGCGGUAUUUAGCAUUCACCAAAUACUUUGGUCGCUUCGAAUUAGCAUGCGCGUAUAUUAACGGCGAUUUAUGUAGAAACAUCUAUGAUUGUUUCGGAGCAGAAAGCGCGAUGGUCAAUGAUUGUCGCUUGGAUGUUUAUAGAGUGAAACGGACUAUCAUCGAAGAGUGCGGCUUGGAACACGUCUGCGUAUCCGUACUUACCCUGCAAGGUCAAUUAAUUAAACAGGAAUGGGAAGAUUGCGAUUACGUGAUGCACGUGAAUCCGCACGCGAGAUUGACCAACGAAAAACCGCCCGGCAAUCAAGAACUUUUGCUUAAAGAUUAUUGGUUAGAAGAUAUGCAGAUGCUAUCCGCGUACUUGGAUCAACAAAAUAUCUGCUUGAUGAAAAAUAAAUCGUACAUGAUCGAUCAUCCGGAAUUGCAGGAGAUCAUAUCUGAUUACGUGAACGAGAUUCUGAUGCUCAGACCAAACAACAUACUCGAAUUCACGCUGAACUACUUCGGAAUAUUCGACGAGGCGAAUCUGCCGCGCAACGAUUACAUAAGAUAA